AACAGACUGAAAACUCGGAUUAUUUUGUCGUUUUUGUUGAUAAUUCCGCUGAAAAUUCACGUUUUCCGAUGAGGAAAAGUCAGGAUGGUGGCACAGGGUGUAGUUUGUGACCGUGGGAUAAUCAGGUUUUGAGUUUUUGUGCGAAUAUCGAUUCAAAACAUCUCGUCUCAGCAGCGGUGGUGGUGCCAUUUGACAGGAUUGAUCCGAACCUUAUCUCAGGCGGCAGGAGUGCGUUGUCCUCUGCCAACUGGAUCGGGAAGAGGUGCAGCAGUUCGGUGAUGUACGACAAAUGAAUAAUACCAGUGUCGUAGUCUGGUGAACAUCGAUUCCGGAUCAUUUCUCCGGCCCAACGGAAUUUCCUUCACAAUGCUGUAGGCGGGGUUGAGGGGGUGACAACCCCCCUCUAGACCGGCGCCGCCACUACGGAUCACCACGGCGACCGUUACAGAUGUCCUGACUACAGGCCAGGACCACCAAGAUGCCAACAGAGGACGAAUAUAGCCGAAGACAGAUCCUGCAACAUUCAACGCCCGUAUCCCCGUCCCCUGCGAUCCGGCCUCAGUGCGUCGCGUCCAGUUGCGUUUCCGGUUUUGCUGCUGAUCGCUAUGGCAACAAUGUACACUGCGAGAGGUACGCGACGGGCUACGCGCCCGACCGCGGCCAAUCGGAACGCUACAACGCCGACAGGAACCAAUCGGAUCGGUUCGGGCCGAGUCGGAACCCGUCGGAUCACUUCGGCGCAGACGCCGGACGUUCGGAGAGGUUCGGGUCGGAGAGGAGCCAGUCGGACCGUUUGCCGAGCGGGGAGAGGUACCAGGGAGGGUCGGAGAGGUACCCGUUGGGGGAGAGGCCGCAGACGUCCAUAUCUUCCGAUAGGUUGGUGGCGAAUCAGGUGGCUCAGGCCUAUCAAGCAGAUAAUAGAUUCAUCACCUACCACAGAUACCCGGAACGUUACGCGCCAGUCGGAAGUCUGGACAGAACGCACGGAACCAACGACAACAGGUACUCGAGAACCACCACCCCCACCUCGACCGACAGAUACAACACCCUCUCCACCGACAAGGGCAGAAAAACGCCGGAGAGGUACCUCGACAGGUACCACACAAUAUCGCACGAGAAGGACAGGUGCAAGUCGGAAAGGUUCUCAUCGCCCGACCAGUUCAGCACCAUGCACGUGGAGAAGGAGAGGAAGGGGUCCAAGGAGAGGUACAUACUCCCAGGGGACAUCAUUGGGGAUCGACACCCUUCGACGUGUUACGGCGGCGACCACCAUAAAGGGGACAAGAGGGAAAGGUCUGGGUCUGGCGAUAGAAAAUCGAGGCAUCAGUACCAGACGGAGCAGUACUUGCCGGAUACCUUCCAGAACGACAGGUACCCUCCGAUACCUUGUCCAGAAAGGUUCGCGACUGAGAACGGAUACACGGAGUCCACCUACCUUGAACCUCCUUCCCCUGCUCCAGCUAACGAUAGGUUUAUACCACCACCUCCUCUUUCACCGGGAAGUACGCCUACAACCCCCAACUGUUUCCCGAACAACUCUUACCAACCAUCCUCGACGACAGGGGAUAAGUUCAUUCCUCCCCCGCCACUUGCAACCUCGGACACCAUGGAGAACUUCCCAACGAACAAAAACGAGAAGCCUUUCCAAUACUCCCACCACGACAGGUUCAGCCAACACCACAACAGAUACGGCGAUACGAUGCAAUACGAUAGGUACAAAGUGAGCGAGGGUUACCACGCACCUAACGACAAGUACGUCAGUAACGAGAGGUACGAGAUGAACAGGUACGGCCCCCAGAACCCGCACAUGCCAGUCGAGAGGUACGUGCCACAGCAACAACCCGAAGAUUACUACGGACUCCAGUACGACUCCAGGUACUCCAUGAAACUCAACCCCAACGAUCCCUACAUGAGGAGAGACCUGUCCAACCUCCAGUACAGGGUCCCCUUCCAGAACCAGUACCAGAAGGUGCGUUACAUCGGUACCCCGAGUCGAUCGAAGUGUUGCCAGUACUCCGAAGGGUACCACCUGUCCAAAUCCAGCCCUGGGUCGAGUUCGAGCAGUUCCGUCGCCAGUCAGAACAAGGAGCAUCAUCCGAAAGAGGUACCCAUGCCCGUCGCGCCCUGUGUCAAUAAUGUAAAUGUCAGUCUUCAAGAUAUUCAGUGCCAAAACUUCAAACAUACAAAUUAUCAGCAGGAGAAGGUGAACCAGUGCGUCGGGGUGUGCAGUAAUUCGAAGGAGUGCGUGGCUUUCGUGUCGCCCAAUUUGAGGGUGGCCAGGGGGCAAUGUAGACAUAGUAUUUGUGUGAACCCCUCAGUUGAGUACGUGGCGGGUAACGGGGCAAGACGCGUGUGCGCUACGCCCCCGCCGAGGGGCAGUAUAUGCUCGCAGGACUGUACAGUGUAUAAUGACGCUUGUUGUGCCAGGGCCAGAGGUCAGACGUCUUUUACUGUGGCUAUAUGGCGGUCUUCUCCGGCUCAGAUGAACCAGAGUCCACCGCAGCCUCAGUCCCAGCAGCCACAAGAACAACCAACAGCCACCGCCUCGAACAACGCCACAAACGAAGAAAAUGACCAAACGUCGGAAAUUCACAAAUCCGCGACAAACGACUCAAAGACGCCCACGCAACAACAACCUAACCCAUCGCCGUCAAUCUCGAGAAACGCACAACUGCCGGCACACACUCGGGCUGUAUCGAUGCCCGUCGCAUCGCCAGCGGACGUCGAUAGAAUCCAGAGGCCGCAGAAGAGCAGGGGUGUUAAUUAUUCGCAGAGCGAGAGGAUACCCAACAGACCGGCCCUUGAGAGGUCGGUCUCGAAGAAGGAAAUGAUCAAGAAUUAUAUCAAGAAAGAGACGGCUACGUUUUUUGGAGUGGGGGAAGAUAAUGAGGCGGAACAGCACAAUAUCUGGUUGGACAGGAGGAAAAGAAUGGCUUCGAGGGCUUACGGUCCGUUGAAGGAAGAAUACAGACCAUCGACUCUACGCUCCCACAGACGGACGGUGUCGGAAUUGCCGUCAAGAGGGACGUCCACUUCCGGUCAGUUGAACGCCGAAAGGCCGGACGUGUUGCCGGGACCUAGCGACGUCCCUGACGGUGACGAAAUCGUCCGAAACGUUACCUUGAGGAGGAAGGAGUCCGUUGCUAGAAUGACGUGGGAUGGAUUGAGCUACGUAGUAACGACCUUGACAAGGCAAAGGCCGAGGCCACGUUCGCAGAACAGCCAAUGGUCGCGUAGCUUUCCUGCUGAUAUGCCAUCCCAGGAGCCAACGGAAGAGGUCGACACUUUCUUCGAACCAACAGAAACGCCAAUUCUUCCCAGGCUGUCUGAAGGUGGAGCAGAUACGGUUGACAGAGGAGGAUCAGGAGAUAUAGGGGAACGUAUGAAUUCCCAAGAAAGAUACGCUGCGCCAAAGACCAUCAGUGGCUGGAGACGUGAUCAUCCACGUGCCGGUCCCAGACAGCCGACGAAAGUAGGGAAGAGUAGGAUAUCGAAUUGCCUGGAUAACCUUCUAGACAACUCGGACAGGAGACAAUAUGGAAUGGGAUGGGUGGGACGUAUGUUUGGGAGGACGUUCAAGAAAUCAGUGGCCUACGACGAAAGAAUAAAGGAACAGCUGGACGACCUGGAGGAUCACAGGCCGAUGUUCACUUAUUGGGUGACGAUCGUCCAAAUAUUGGUGCUAUUCAUUUCCCUGGUCUGCUACGGUUUCGGACCUUUCGGCAUAGAUCUACAGUCGAGGUCCGGACAGGUUCUCGUGACCAGCCUCUCGCUUCAACAGGUCGAUUAUCUGGAGCCGGCGAAUUUUUGGUUUGGACCGAGGGCGGCAGAUCUUAUACAUCUGGGGGCCAAAUUCGCGCCCUGCAUGAGGGUGGACGCAGAAAUCAGUCAAGAAAUAGAAAAAAUUCGGACGAUAGAACGGGAAACGGCAUGCUGCAUACGGAAUGAUGAUUCAGGAUGCGUGCAGUCCUCCAAAGCGGAUUGCUCGGAAACAAUAUCCACUUGGAAGAAAUGGUCGGAUAAAAAUUACGGCCCUGGCGGCCGCAUAUCCGGUUCGGUGUGUGGACUCGACCCAAAGUUCUGCGAUGCACCGGCAAGCGUCCACCCUUACGAAUGGCCGGACGACAUCACGAAAUGGCCGAUUUGUCGAAAGACGAACGCCUCGAAGCAGAACAGGACGAGGCUGGACAGCACCGGUCGCGACAAGCAUCUCGAGCACAUGGUCUGCGAAAUCAUUGGACAUCCCUGUUGCAUCGGCAUCCACGGCCAAUGCAAAAUCACCACCAAGGAAUAUUGCGACUUCGUCAGGGGUAAUUUUCACGAAGAGGCCUCGCUGUGUUCUCAGGUGUCCUGUCUGAAUGACGUUUGCGGCAUGCUUCCGUUCUACUUUCCGGAAACGCCGGAUCAGUUCUAUCGGCUCUGGACCUCCAUAUUUCUGCAUGCGGGUAUUUUGCAGCUGGCCCUCACCGUGGUCAUCCAGUAUUUUCUGAUGAGGGACUUGGAGAAGCUCACCGGGAGUUUGAGGAUAUGCCUGAUCUACAUGGGAUCGGGAGUUGCGGGAAACUUAGCUAGCGCCAUUUUUGUACCAUAUAGGGCAGACGUGGGCCCUGCAGGGUCGCAGUUCGGUCUCCUGGCCUGUCUCAUCGUGGAAGUCAUCAACGUGUGGCCGAUGCUGAAACACCCGAGGCGCGCGCUCGGCAAACUCCUCGCCAUAACCUUCGUCCUGUUCCUCGUCGGCCUCCUUCCCUGGGUGGACAACUACGCCCAUCUGUUCGGUUUCGUAUUCGGCUUCCUCCUAUCCUACGCCCUUCUACCCUUCAUAUCGUUCGGGUCCUACGACAGGCAGAAGAAGAUCAUACUCAUAUGGGUCUGCCUGUUGUCCGCCGGCAUACUGUUCAUCUUUCUGGUCAUCCUGUUCUAUAUCACCCCCGUCUACAACUGUAAGAUAUGUUCGUACUUCAAUUGUUUACCGUUAACCAGGGACUUUUGCGCGUCUCAAAACAUCAAUUUCAAGCGGGAGGAGCCCAUAGUAUGACGAAAGAGUUUACGGUAUUUUACCGUAAUUUUUUUCGUUUUAUUCGAUCACUUCUGGCACGGCGCUACUGCGGGUUGCAUCAGGCAUUGGAAAGUGUUGGGGUGAAGGGUAGGGAACGUAUGAGGAUCUGUAGGAAGUCACGCAUAGAUAUUUCCAGGUGAACAUGUUCUAUAACCUACAAAUUUACCCUAUAGCAAGUUAUAAGUCGAAAAUCAUAUCAAUUUGAAACCAGUCAUCUAGAUUUUGCUAAUAGUUUAGAGUUGGCAGGAAUAAUUCAAACGCAAAACCAUCAAUAGUCUAUUUAUUUCAGCGAGGUAUGACGUCAGGGAUCGCUGGGGAAACGACGUUGCCAAAUUGAUUUAGAACCUUUAUAGGUUGGUGUGGAUUGAAUAUACUUGGGUGUGAUUUUUGCACACAUUGUAUAAAUGAAGAAUUUGGUAAAAGUUGUCGUUAUCAGUAGAUAUUAGCUUGUAAGAAGUUCAACAACUGGAAAGUAAAUCUAAAAGAAGUUUUCACGAAUGAAAUCAACACCCACAAUCAGAAUGAUCACAUUGGCAACCUAGCAGAGUGUUGACAACACGAACUACAACAUAUUCGACGGUUUUUGACCCUAACCGUGACGUCAUGCCAUUGCUGAAAUAAAUAGAAUAUACCCUGAUAUCUAGACGUGGCUUUUUUCAAGAUUCAAUCGAGUGGAGAUCUAGGAGAACUCUGUGGAAUUACCGCUUGUUAUAUACUGUCGAAAAUCUGUAGUCCCUUGAGUAUAUCAUCUAAAAUCGGGUCUCGAGUACUGCUAGUAUUAAUUCUUCUUCUUCCACAUCGACGAUGCCUUUCGAAACCUAAGGAGUGUCUGAUGACGUGCUAUAGAUAUUCUAAAAAAGUACUUAAAUCGCCGUUUGAGUGAGAAGCCAGUAUACUAAACGUUCAUUCCAUUAUUCAAAGAACAAGAUCACACAAAAAUCAAACCUUCAUUCCAUUCCCCGGAGAGGAGCCAAGCAACAAAUGAAAAUAAAAAUAAAAGUGACGCUACAUCGGACUUGUGAUAAUUGAGAUAUUAUAAGUAUAAAUUUGAAACUUCAUGUAAAUUUUUCGAAGAGAAAAGACGAGGCAGUGUUACUGUUAACUGAUCUUUUUAAAUCAUGUGAUAAAGACUAUAUCUUAAUAACGAUAAGGUAUAACACAUUUAUUUUUAGGUAUGACAAAAAAGUAUUGUGCAAUGAAUUCGUUUUUGUUGGCAACGAAUAAUCAGCUACAAUGAACUUUUUUUGCCGAAUAUAAGCUUGAUUUUUCAGAACCCAUUCCCUACACCAGUGUAAAAUUCGAGCUGGACAUUUCCAUUUAUAUAAAUAGAAUACGAUUGGUUUCAGACUAUUGAGAAUCGAUAGGAUAUCAUGAAUAUAUUAUUUCGGAUCAGUCAUUGAAUGUCGACUUGUUUCGAUUGCUAUCGAUCGGAAUGUUUUCUUAGUUACAGGAUUGUUUUUAUAUAAAUGGCAAUUCAAUACUUGGCAAUCUUUUGAAUCCAUAGCUAUUCACAAUAGUCAUUUUUAUGGUACAUAAUCAGAAAUAUUUUCAUCACUAUAGACUUGUAUAAAUAUAUAAGCAUGAGUGAUUGUGUAAAUAUGAACCUGUAUGGUAAGAUGUUUGUGUUCUGUGAGGAGUUGGUUUUUGUAAAGUUACCUAUCAUUCGUAAUCAUGUAAAGGAACAUCCAGUCCAGGCGGAACUUGUUGAUUUUGGGGGAUAUCUCAAUUCUUGGUAGUCUCAUAUUCACAAAUUCAUUUUUCCCUCUCGAACUUGAUUAUUCUAAAAUAUUCCUUUAUGAUUGACUUCUUGGGUGGCUAUAGAGAAUCGAAUUUAAGUUGGGUGUAAAUAAAAGUGCAUCUAUGCAUUGACCGAAGAUAAUUUCAACUUCGUACUGCUUUUCAUGUUCUGAGUUCAAUCAAACAAAUUGGAAACAUUGUAUCAAUUUUGAAUACUGAAUAAUAUGCUCUGAAUUUGAAUAAUUCGUCUUUUCAAAUACUUUUCUAGGUUAUAUUUAUAUAUUCCGUUUCUGUGAUUGAAACUACAGAAAUUAUUGAUCUUCUUUUGUGGCUGCGUCUGGACUUUUAGACCUACUGAGAUGUCAAUCUUUCUUGAAUGGACUAUACAGGCUGAGUCUUUGAUAUCAUAUUUUCGAGGUCAAAAUAAAUACUUUUUUCCUAUAUGUUGUUUCCGAUCCGGUCCUGAUACAAAGAGAUAUUUCCCUCUGGAUAGUUGCAAAUUUUGCUUGGACGAAUAAUUAGUUAUGGUGAGUCAAUGAAAUCUUACUUUAUCUGUUACAGUUCGAAGAAACAAAUAUUGGUUUUUUGACGAAAUAUUAAGUGUUUAUAUUCAAAUAGGUAGAUGGAGAAUGUAAAUCGUUUUUUUAUGAUGCCUUUCAUAUAUAUUAUAAUGUAAUAUUUGUAACAUCUGCAUCAUGUAAACAGUUGAUCCUUUCAAACUGUACCGGAAGUUAUUGAUAAUCUUUCGGUUCAAGUCAGAAUUUUCCCCACACUUACUAUAAAUUAAUAUUUUCCUCAACAAAAAAAAAACACUUAUAAGUGAGAUUCCAUUACUUAGAUAUUCUCCCGAUAAGAAUGAUGAAUAUUUGAUUCAGAUUAUCAAUGACUUAUACGGGCAUCAAUCAAUUCAAUCCGAUAUUUUAUAGAAUCGUAAACUACCUUCAAUGUAAAGAAUUUAUAAAUAUGUACGUAUUUGUGUAGUAUUAAUCGUUAUUUAUUUUUUAAAAUUCGGACUGAGAAAUAUCACGAUACACUGCAAUUGUACAAAUAAGACCUAUAACUGUUUAUAUUUUCGCAGCUUUGCAGUCGUUCUAAUCAAAAAUCUUUUUGUAUUAUUUAUAAAGGAUUAUUUUGAGGAAUCUUCGAAAAAAGAACUCGUGACUGUAAAGUAAAGAAUUCAUUCUAUUCUACUAUUCAAGAGAAUCAAAAUGAAGAAUAUCAAAUAGAAACAAUACUUUCAUUCCAUUGACUUUUUUUCAACCCAGAUAUACUUCGAAAAUCUUUACACCAGUUGAGAAUUUUUUUUUUUACAAUUUUGAGUAUCUUCUUUUUUCCACUCUAAAAAAUUGUAUGUGAGAAAUUUCUCCUUGAUUUUAAUAUUUUACGGUUAUUUUGUGAAUUUUUUAUUUUAUAUUGAUGGAUAUGGAACAUUGAAGGUUUAUAGGUCGAAUUUGACAUAAUUUGUUUUGAAUGACUGAAUAUAUAUUUUUUUUAAUGUUGUACAGUUACAUUGUAAUAAAAUCAGGUGUUACACUAAGACCAAGCCUUAACAUUAUAAUUAUAUAAUAAAUUACUUCUGCACAAGUAA